AUGGUUGAGAUGAAGAACAACGUCCCAUCCUCGUUUAUUCACGACUUCAUCUGUCAUGAAGUAGUUACAUCGUUGCGCAAUUCAUUGCAUCCACCACUUUUGCCUACUCCAAACAUCUUAUCAAGACUUCUUCAUGAUAUCGCAAAGCCAGAGUUUGGGCAGAAUUUUGACGCUGCAAACGCUGCCUAUCGUUUGCAGAUGUUCUUUCUUUAUCAAUUUCCCGCGUGCAACGAAGAAGGGCGCUUUUAUUGGUUACAGGUGCUCACCGACACACCUUCCACUGACGAUUCUUCAUCAGGCCCUCGUCGAGGUUCUCUACUAGAAUGGAACAACAUCUUGUCCAGAACAGCUGGAUUAAGGAAGAUGAUCUUGGACACAUUCACGCGCGGCGGAUCCAACCACACCUUGAUGGAAUUUGCUGUUUCUGUGCUUGAAAUAGAUCUGUUCAAUAUGGAGGGUUGUGAUGGGCUAAAUACUAGUCAGGAGAUCUUGGAAGAAGACGAUAACUGUAAUCGGACAACUCAUUCCACAAAUGACGACACUCUCGAGCAUCUGCAAAACUCUUCUGUUCUAAAUGGCGUUCCCCUUUCUUGCCUAGUUUUCUACGACCCACACGAAAGGCGAAAACGAGGCUUGGACAAAACUGCUAUGGAAACAUGCUUUGCCAUAGUGGACAACGCCGUGUCGACAAAAUCCGUCCUGUGUGCAAAUCUGUGCUGGAGACUUCUGGCAGUUUGUCUGGAAGGAUUGCGUUUCUUUUUGGCUAAUGUGAAUAAACUUUGUCCUAACAAAAAACAGUUCAAGACAUGA